GGCCUGAGAUCUUUUUGCCACUGUUGGUGUCGUGUUUCUUCGUCUUCGUUUCUCGCUUCGUCUCCUUUUUCGCUUGUAGGGUUCGACUCGACCAGAUCUAAGCACUAGCUUUUAGAUCCAUUCUCUCCCUUCCCGGGCCGCCGGAGUCUAGCGGAUCCCAGAUCCAGCUGCUAUGGCCGCAGCCAACGCACCCAUCGUGAUGCAGGAGGUCUUGACGCUUCCGAGCAUCGGGAUCAAUCCUCAAUUCAUCACGUUCACGCAUGUCACAAUGGAAUCGGAUAAGUACAUAUGCGUAAGGGAGACCUCUCCGCAGAAUAGUGUUGUAAUUGUUGACAUGAACAUGCCGAUGCAGCCUUUGAGGAGGCCGAUCACUGCAGACUCUGCUCUGAUGAAUCCCAACAGCAGGAUUCUUGCUCUCAAAGCUCAAAUCCCUGGAACCACUCAGGAUCACUUGCAGGUGUUCAACAUCGAGGCAAAGACUAAAAUCAAAUCUCAUCAGAUGCCUGAACAGGUUGUAUUUUGGAAGUGGAUCACCCCAAAGAUGCUGGGUCUGGUUACUCAAACUUCUGUCUAUCAUUGGUCAAUAGAAGGUGAAUCGGAGCCUGUUAAGAUGUUUGAUAGGGCAGCUAAUUUGACAAACAAUCAGAUAAUUAACUAUAGAUGUGAUCCAUCAGAGAAAUGGCUAGUUCUUAUUGGAAUUGCACCUGGUGCUCCAGAGAGACCACAGCUGGUGAAAGGAAAUAUGCAGCUCUUUUCUGUUGAUCAACAGCGUAGUCAGGCUCUUGAAGCACAUGCUGCGUCCUUUGCUUCAUUUAAGGUAGUUGGGAAUGAGAAUCCCUCCAUUCUAAUUUCUUUUGCCUCAAAGACUAGUAAUGCUGGACAAAUCACUUCAAAGUUGCAUGUCAUCGAACUUGGAGCCCAACCAGGAAAGCCAGGAUUUACAAAGAAACAAGCAGAUCUUUUCUUCCCACCAGAUUUUGCAGAUGAUUUCCCUGUAGCAAUGCAGAUAUCCCAAAAAUACAAUUUGACAUAUGUUAUUACAAAGCUUGGUUUAUUGUUUGUUUAUGAUCUGGAGACUGCAACUGCAGUUUACAGAAAUCGAAUCAGCCCAGAUCCAAUAUUUCUCACUGCAGAGGCUUCAAAUAUUGGUGGUUUUUAUGCAGUCAAUAGAAGGGGUCAGGUCCUACGUGCUACUGUAAAUGAAGCAACCAUUAUUCCAUUUAUCAGUGGCCAAUUGAACAAUUUGGAGCUUGCUGUUAACCUUGCAAAACGCGGAAACCUUCCUGGUGCAGAGAAUUUGGUUGUGCAAAGGUUUCAAGAACUAUUUUCCCAGACGAAAUACAAGGAAGCUGCUGAACUUGCUGCUGAAUCUCCACAAGGCAUUCUCCGAACUCCAGAGACUGUCGCGAAGUUUCAGAGUGUCCCUGUUCAACCUGGGCAGACACCGCCACUGUUGCAGUACUUUGGAACGUUGUUGACUAGAGGAAAACUUAAUGCCUUUGAAUCUUUGGAGUUGUCUCGUCUUGUUGUCAAUCAGAACAAAAAGAACCUUUUGGAGAAUUGGUUGGCUGAAGACAAGCUUGAGUGCAGUGAAGAACUUGGGGAUCUUGUCAAGACCGUGGACAAUGAUCUUGCACUGAAAAUUUAUAUAAAAGCAAGGGCCACACCAAAAGUUGUUGCUGCUUUUGCUGAAAAACGGGAAUUUGAUAAGAUACUUAUUUAUUCGAAGCAGGUUGGUUACACGCCAGAUUAUCUUUUCCUACUGCAGACAAUUCUCAGGACUGACCCUCAGGGUGCUGUAAAUUUUGCCCUUAUGAUGUCUCAAAUGGAGGGAGGUUGUCCAGUUGAUUACAAUACAAUCACAGAUCUUUUUCUUCAGAGAAAUCUGAUUCGAGAGGCAACAGCUUUCUUGCUAGAUGUAUUGAAGCCAAAUUUACCAGAGCAUGGUUUUCUUCAAACCAAGGUUUUAGAGAUUAACUUGGUGACAUAUCCAAACGUUGCUGAUGCUAUAUUGGCUAAUGGGAUGUUUAGCCACUAUGACAGACCUCGGAUUGCUCAACUUUGUGAAAAAGCAGGUUUAUAUAUCCGAGCACUUCAGCACUACUCAGAGUUACCUGAUAUCAGACGUGUCAUUGUGAACACUCAUGCCAUUGAGCCACAGCCACUUGUUGAGUUCUUUGGGACUUUAUCCAGAGAGUGGGCUCUAGAGUGCAUGAAGGACCUUUUACUGGUUAAUUUGAGAGGGAACCUUCAGAUAAUUGUUCAGACUGCCAAGGAGUACUCUGAACAAUUAGGUGCUGAUGCUUGCAUAAAGUUGUUUGAGCAAUUUAAGUCAUACGAAGGACUUUACUUUUUCUUGGGAUCUUAUUUGAGUUCCAGUGAGGAUCCUGAUAUACACUUCAAGUAUAUUGAGGCAGCAGCGAAAACUGGACAGUUAAAAGAGGUUGAGCGUGUGACAAGAGAAUCCAACUUCUAUGACCCUGAGAAAACCAAGAAUUUUCUGAUGGAAGCCAAGCUUCCAGAUGCAAGACCCUUGAUCAAUGUUUGUGAUCGUUUUGGUUUUGUUCCAGAUUUGACUCACUAUUUAUACACGAGCAACAUGCUUCGUUACAUUGAAGGUUAUGUUCAAAAAGUAAACCCAGGAAAUGCUCCUUUAGUUGUUGGGCAGCUGCUGGAUGAUGAAUGUCCUGAAGAUUUCAUCAAAGGCUUGAUUCUUUCUGUCCGUUCUCUCCUUCCUGUUGAACCUCUUGUGGCUGAGUGUGAGAAAAGGAAUCGUUUGCGGUUGCUCACACAAUUUCUGGAACAUCUUGUUAGUGAGGGAAGCCAGGAUGUUCAUGUCCAUAAUGCUUUGGGGAAAAUUAUUAUCGACAGCAACAACAACCCUGAGCAUUUUCUUACAACUAACCCAUACUAUGAUUCACGUGUUGUUGGUAAAUAUUGCGAAAAACGGGAUCCUACUCUUGCAGUUGUCGCGUACAGGCGAGGUCAAUGUGAUGAUGAACUGAUUGAUGUCACUAACAAAAACUCAUUGUUCAAACUUCAAGCCAGAUAUGUAGUCGAAAGGAUGGAUGCUGAUUUAUGGGAGAAAGUUCUUCAACCUGAAAAUGAAUAUAGAAGACAACUCAUUGAUCAAGUUGUUUCUACUGCAUUGCCUGAGAGCAAGAGUCCAGAGCAAGUUUCUUCAGCUGUUAAAGCUUUCAUGACUGCUGAUCUUCCACAUGAACUUAUUGAACUACUUGAGAAAAUUGUACUACAGAAUUCUGCCUUUAGUGGAAACUUCAAUUUGCAGAACCUGCUGAUUUUAACAGCUAUUAAAGCAGAUCCACCAAGGGUUAUGGAUUACAUUAAUAGGUUAGAUAAUUUUGAUGGCCCUGCAGUUGGAGAGGUGGCUGUUGAGGCACAACUUUAUGAGGAAGCCUUUGCCAUUUUCAAGAAAUUUAACUUAAAUGUUCAGGCUGUCAAUGUUCUUCUGGACAACAUCCAAAGCAUAGAUAGAGCUGUAGAGUUUGCCUUCCGAGUUGAGGAAGAUGCUGUAUGGAGCCAGGUUGCAAAAGCUCAAUUACGGGAAGGCUUAGUAAGUGAUGCUAUUGAGUCUUUCAUCCGUGCUGACGAUGAAACCCAGUUCCACGAUGUCAUUCAGGCUGCUCAAAAUGCCAAUGCUUAUCAUGAUCUUGUGAAGUACUUGUUGAUGGUUAGGCAAAAACUUAAAGAGCCAAAAGUGGACGGUGAACUUAUAUUUGCCUAUGCCAAGAUUGAUAGGCUGGGAGACAUUGAGGAAUUUAUUCUAAUGCCAAAUGUUGCUAACCUUCAAAAUGUUGGGGACCGACUGUUUGAUGAUGCUCUGUAUGAAGCUGCAAAGAUCAUAUUUGCUUUCAUUUCCAACUGGGCGAAGUUGGCUAGUACACUUGUUAAGCUGAAGCAGUUCCAGGGUGCUGUUGAUGCAGCUCGCAAAGCGAAUAGCUCCAAGACAUGGAAGGAAGUUUGUUUUGCUUGUGUUGAUGCUGAGGAAUUCCGCUUGGCUCAAAUAUGUGCUCUGAAUAUAAUUAUCCAGGUGGAUGACCUGGAAGAGGUCAGUGAAUAUUAUCAGAACAGAGGCUGCUUCAAUGAGUUAAUUUCCCUCAUGGAGAGUGGUCUUGGUUUGGAACGUGCACACAUGGGCAUAUUUACAGAAUUGGGAGUCUUAUAUGCUAGAUAUAGACCAGAAAAACUUAUGGAACACAUUAAACUUUUCUCAACUCGAUUAAACAUUCCCAAGCUUAUACGUGUUUGUGAUGAGCAACACCACUGGAAAGAGCUAACAUAUUUAUAUAUACAGUAUGAUGAAUUUGAUAAUGCAGCUACCACUAUUAUGAACCAUUCUCCUGAUGCAUGGGAUCAUAUGCAGUUCAAAGAUGUUAUUGUUAAAGUUGCAAAUGUUGAGCUCUAUUAUAAAGCUGUGCAUUUCUACUUGCAAGAACAUUCUGACCUUAUUAAUGAUGUGUUGCAUGUGCUAGCACUUCGUGUGGACCACACUCGUGUUGUAGAUAUUAUGCGAAAGGCUGGCCACUUACAUCUUGUGAAGCCAUAUAUGGUUGCUGUUCAAAGCAACAAUGUGGCUGCUGUCAAUGAAGCUCUAAACGAGAUUUAUGUUGAGGAGGAAGACUAUGACAGAUUACGUGAAUCAGUUGAUUUGCAUGACAACUUUGAUCAGAUCGGCCUUGCACAAAGGAUUGAAAAACAUGAACUUCUUGAGAUGCGGAGAAUUGCUGCUUAUAUCUAUAAGAAAGCUGGAAGAUGGAAGCAAUCCAUUGCACUGUCCAAGAAAGACAAACUUUAUAAAGAUGCAAUGGAGACAUGUUCUCAGUCCGGUGACCGUGAACUUUCAGAAGAUUUGCUUGUUUAUUUUAUUGAACAGGGAAAGAAAGAAUGCUUUGCUUCUAGCCUCUUCAUUUGUUAUGACUUGAUCCGUCCUGAUGUUGCUCUUGAACUUGCCUGGAUGAACAAUAUGAUUGAUUUUGCUUUCCCAUACCUGCUACAGUUUAUUCGUGAGUAUACUAGUAAAGUUGAUGAGCUCAUAAAACAUAAGAUUGAGGCACAAAAUGAGGAGAAAACUAAAGAAAAGGAAGAGAAGGAUUUGGUUGCACAGCAGAAUAUGUACGCACAAUUGCUGCCUCUUGCAUUGCCAGCCCCGCCUGGUAUGGGAGGUCCAGCCAUGGGAGGAGCUUACGGACCCCCACCAGUUCCACCAAUGGGAGCUAUGGGAAUGCCUCCCAUGCCACCAUUUGGCAUGCCUGCUAUGGGGAGUUACUGAGGAUUUUGGUGACGCCUUGUAAACUCGGAAGUUAGAAUGUACUUGUAGAUGUUGGGAGGGUGUUGAUGAAAUCAGCAGUCGAAGUCUUUUGCUGUUGAUGUUAGUGUUUUCAUGCAUUUCUUAUUCUUUCUUGAAGCAGUGAUUGACUGCGAUUGAGUCUAAACUCAGGCUUUUGUAUGAUCGUUAUAUGGAGUGGUUGCUGUAUUUUGUAUAGGAUCUCUUCACGCAGAGUAAACUAUUGUUUUCUUUUCA